AUGGUGGACGAGCCCACCACAUCACCGCCAGUAGAGGCGCCAGCGCCUGCUACUGAGGCCCCGACCGAACCCACUCCGGCUGCUGACACGAACGGCGACGCAUCUGCUGUGUCAAAGGACGUCGAGGACACCGCUGGCAAGCAGGCCACCACCGAAGCCACUGCGCCAGAUGGUGUCGAGACCGCUGAGGUAGCUCAAGCCGAGCCUGCCGCCGCCCCAGAGGCUGCUGCGGCUCCGAGCAACAAGAAAGAGAAGCGCAAGUCGAGCGGUGCCGUCCCAGAGCACAAGAACAAGAAGCUUAACAAGAAGAAGAGCAUGCCCACGCUUCACCUCAACUGCCAGCCGGGCGACUUCUACUGGGCGAAGCUAAAAGGCUACCCGCCAUGGCCGUCUGUCAUUUGCGACGAGCAGAUGCUGCCAGAGUCGCUACUCGCGACACGGCCGGUGAGCACGACCAGGCCAGAUGGGUCCAUUCGCGACGACUUCAAGGAGGGCGGCAAGAACUCGAAAGAGAGAACCUACCCGGUUAUGUUCCUGUCUACGAAUGAGUUCACGUGGAUGAUCAACACGAACCUCGAGCCGCUUGAACCGGAGGAGUGCAAGACGCUGCCAAAGUCCAAGAUGAUCAAGUCUCUGCAGGACGCGUGGAAAAUUGCCUCUGAGAACCACGACCUCGCCUACUUCAAGGGCAUUCUGAAGACGUGGCAGGAGGAAGAGGCUAAGAUCGAGCAGGAGAUGCGCGAGGAAGCUGCGCGUGCCGCAGAAGAGGAGGCCGCGCGCAAGGAGAGAGAGGCCGUAGAUGCCGAAGCUGCCGCGACCGAGGAGGCGCAAGCGAAGAAGAGCAAGAAGAGUCGCAAAAGCAAGGGCAGUGAGGACGAUGUCGACAUGGUGGACGCGGAUGGCACGAAGUCGGCUAAGAAGCGCAAGAAGGACGCUGAGAGCGAUAGCGAGGGCAAGCCAAAGAAGACGCCAAAGGUCACGAAGCUUAACGCGCCAAAGACUCCAAACGGCGAGGCUUCAACGAAGAAGUCUGCGGCAAAGUCGAAGAAGAAGGUCGUUCAGGCGCCCAAGGAAGACGAGGAAGUUCAGAAAGAGCAGCUCACAGCAGAGCAGGAGCGCGAGCACCGCGAGAAGGCCAUCCUCUACCUCCGCCAUAGGCUUCAGAAGGGCUUCCUGAGCCGCGACGUGACCCCGAAGGAAGACGAGAUGGAUGGCAUGGCGACCUUCUUCUCCCAGCUUGAAGCGCACGAGAACCUCGAGGCGUCCAUCAUUCGUACCACCAAGAUCCACAAGGUCCUCAAGGGCAUCGUCAAGCUCUCGUCUAUUCCCAAGGAUGAAGAGUACAACUUCAAGAAGCGCAGCGCGUCUUUGCUAGACAUCUGGAACCGGCGCAUGGCCGCGGAUGGUGAUGUGGCGCCACCCAGUGCUGUUGAGCCGAAGGAGUCUGUCGAGCCUGCAGCUGAGGUAAAGGCGGAGAGUGCCGUGCCCGAGACGAACGGCGAAUCCGCUGCUGCUGAGGCCCCGAAGAGCGAAGAUGAGGCGAAGAAAGGUGCACAGGAGACUGAGACGAAGGCUGACGAGGCUGCUAAGGAGCUCGACGCGAAGGUUGAGGAGGUGGCCGACGCGAAGGUCGAGGAGCCCGUCAUCGCGCCCGCUGAGACCAAGGAAGCAGUGGAUGUCGAGGACGUCGAGAUGGGCGAGGCUGCACCGGAGGAGUCUGCUCCGAAGGUCGAGGCUGCAGCCCAGGACGAGUCUGCGACCAAGGAGGAGCCUCUGACUUCGGACGCCGCGGCAGCUGAUGCUCCGUAG